CCACUCGAACUUCGAACUUCACGCGUUGCGAAUUUCGUGCACAACUAUUCGUCCACGUAUUGGCGAUCGAUUUCUUGCUGAUGCAUGUACUGAUAUCGCGGAGACCAUUCACGGACCGCGCUCGGGCGUCAUGCUGCGAGCCUGUUUAUCAAGAUAUCAACGAAGAGCGUAAGAUAUAAGAGAGCUGGAGCGUACAGAAGUCAGUGUUGUGCUGGAUUUCGAUUUCGAUUGAACGCGAUCUUCAGACCCGAUACGUGUUAUCGUCGGAAUUUCAAGAGUGGUCCUCGAGAGUGAAUCAAGAAGCAGACAUGCGGAUUUGGAUAUUAUUUACUCUUCUGUUGAUCGUUGCGGUGCUCGCGUCCGAGACGUUGGCGAAGAAACCUGGCAAGGAAGUAGAAUCGAAGCGUGGCUACGAGAAAAAGAAGAGGGACGUGGCGUAUUCGAAGGAAAGGAAGACCGGCGAAGACAAGAAGCUUCAAUCGAGGAAGAGGAAGAACAGUGCGUCGGAAGAGAACGACGUAGAGAGCUACUCGGAGAGUGCCGCUGAGAACGAAGAGUCGGGCAAAGGAGGAAACAGAUCGAGGAACAAGAAACUGAAGGAGAAGGAGAACGUUGAUCCGAAGGCCGUCAAGUCAAAACACGAAUCGAAGAAGAGGAACAAGCACUCUGGCAGCUCUCAGGAGGUUCACCAGGGAGAUGCGAAGAAAUUGAAGAACAAGAAAUUGAAAGGGAAGAACGUAGAAGAGCAGAGCAACUUGGAGAAUGAAAAGAGGACGAGUGAGAAGGUAGAAGGUGGAAAGGUGACCAAGUCUGAGAGAGCUACGAAGGAAGGCAAAAGAAAGAAGGCUCAGAAGAAAGAAAAGGAGAUAACGGCGGAGGAAAAAGUGGAGGAAGCACCGACAGAAGAGAAGGAAGAAGAACCUAAAACGAAAUCGGUGUCGAAGAAGGACAAAAAGAAGGACAGGAAGGCUGAGAAAAACAAGCAACAGAAAAACAGAAAGAGACGAGAGAUCUCAAAGAACGAGGAGGAGAAUUUGGAAAUUCAGCCAGCAGAGGAGGAAAAUGCAGCAAAUGGAAAGGCGAAGAGUUGUUCAGUGGCGAAACCUGCAGAAAUAGAGAACGAGAAUUGCGCGAAAGAUGACUGCAACGAAGCGUGAUGAUUCGGAUGGUUUAUUAUACAUGCAUUUUUAUGAAAAUUUCGUAUUUUAUCAUCUGUGCUUCAUUAAUGGAAUAUCGAGAAGGUCGUUGAAUUUAUAAUAAUUAACAUUUGAAAAUGAUGAUGUUUGUUAUUGGAAUAGAGACAGUUAACAUGAGACCCAUUUCGUAACAAGAAGUAAUCUCAACGGAAAACACUUUUAUCAAAGACAGGAGUAAAUCAUUCGUUUUAAAAAUAAGAUAUUUGUUCUUUUGCAAUGUAUUAGAAAUUUGUGAAAUACGUUGCAAAAAUGAUUCCAUUUAAUUAUAAAUAAUAUCAAAAUUGUAAGUGUAUAAUCAUGUGCAUAAAUACUAUUGCAUAGUGUAUGCGAUAAAGUAUUAAAGUCUGAAAAAUCUUAAAUUUAAUGAGAAUUUAAGUUUAUGAGAAUGAUUAAACAUUUUCAAUUCUGUAGGAAGUUAUUUGUAAUUAAAUCUAACCACUUUUUUCAAUGUAUUUCACAAACAUGGCAGAAUAAUUCAUAUACGGCUAGAAUUGAAACAGCAUUGCUAUAGUACUAAGAGUUCUGUAACGGACUGAUAAACUGAACAGAUCAGUUUUAUUCAAUAAGAUUAUGAUUUUCUUUUCACAUCUCGAUCUCGACGAGUUAUAACAAAACACGUUGUACGAAAUCUCAUUUUAUUUGUCUUCACAUCGUACAAAUAUUACAUUAUUUACAAAUAACUACUCAUAUCAUUUUCGAACAAUUAAUUGCCUUUAAAGCGCAUCAAUAUAAAUAUACUACUUUACGAUAAAGGAAGAAAUAUUUUUAUAAAUCAUUCUCUUGA